AUGACUGGAGGAACUCCUUCUGGAUCCAGCAAGGUUUUGGACGGAAUUGACUCUGAUGAUUCUUUUGGAGAUGAGUCAAGCAGUAAAGGAACCGAUCCAGCUAAUGCAAGCAAGAGGAAUGACGACUUUGAUGAUGCAGAUCUAGAUGAUCUAGCGAUGAACUAUGUUCCGGAACCAAUUGUGCUGCAGGGUGCCAAGGUCGAUGAUCACGUGGUUGGACUCAAUGACUCAUUUGAAUUCACUGAAAGUCUACCGGCGCUGCGAAAGACACCGCUGGGAGAUGUCGAGCGAGCAGUUGUUGCUUUGGACUCACAGAGGAAGGAUUCACGUCAAGAAGUGGAGGAGAUGCAGGCGUCGUUUGAGUUCAGCGACACCACCCAGCUUGCAAGUCUAUUACAAUACCAACCUAGCAGCGAUCACAAGGUAGAAAAAUAUCCUGCAUCGGAAGUAAUCAAGGAGGAGAAUGAAUAUGAGGAUGAGAAAAAGCUUGACGAGGAUAGCUUCACUGAAAGUCUAACCAGCAGUGACGCGUUUGAGUUUAGUGAGAACGAUGACGAGGUUUUGGCUAUGCUUGACGAUGCUGAAUUGCAUUCGCAAUCACCGCAAAAAGAAUCACCUCCACAUGCGACGUACACUACUUCAAUUAAGCGGCUGGCUUCUUCGCCAUCGCAGCUGUCGCCGGAGCUCAAGAGGAGUACCACACUGCAAUCUCAAACACAGCCAGUAAAAGCUCCAGCGAGAAGUAGAGUUUGCAAGUUCAUUAUAACAUCAUCAUCAUCAUCAUCAUCACCUCCAAGAGGUCCAGACUCGCAGCUGUCACAAGCCAAACCUUCGCAACCGGAAAGCUCCCCUGUUGAUGAGGUUGCAUUAGAGAAUCCUGCAAACAUCACUGAAAAGAUUUCACCACCAGAGACGUUUGCGCGUCCAUCUACCAGAAUUUCGUCAUUCGCAUAUAAACCCUACAAGCCUGCAAGACCUCAAUCUCGCAACUACUCAACAGUCCCACGAUUAGAACAGCCUAGCAAGACCCCCGUUAAUCACCACACUAUCCUUUUAGCAACCCAACGACCCACAGUUGAAAAAAGCAAAACCCCGGAGUGUCAGCAUGCAAAGAAAGUGGUGCAACCAAUCAUUUUAUCCAAGGAGCAAGAGGUUGUCCUUCAAAAAGUCCUACUGGGAGUAUCUUUGUUCUAUACUGGCUCUGCGGGUACUGGUAAAUCAGUCUUGCUCCGGUCGAUAAUCAAAGCAUUAAGGCGCAGAUACCCCACUGGGGUUGCAGUCACUGCGUCCACGGGGUUAGCAGCUUGUAAUAUUGGUGGGAUAACGCUACAUAGUUUUGGUGCUAUUGGAUUGGGAACUGGUACUGUUGAUAACUUGGUUAAAAAGAUUAAAAGAAACAAGAAAGCUCAUGCACGGUGGAGGGACACGAGGGUUUUGAUUAUUGACGAAGUGUCAAUGGUUGAUGGAGAAUUGCUUGAUAAAUUGAAUGAAAUAGCCAAACGAUUGCGGAAAAAUGACGUGCCGUUUGGUGGAAUUCAGUUAGUUGCUUGCGGUGACUUUUAUCAACUCCCUCCGGUAGUGAAGAAAAUCAACGCCGAAGGCGACACCAGAGAUGACGUGGAGGCAUUCUUUUCAUUCGAAUGCUUGGCUUGGAAGGAAACCAUUCAAGAGACAAUCAUUUUGAAGGAGAUAUUUAGACAAAAGGGGGAUCAGGUUUUCAUCAAUAUGUUGAAUGAAAUGAGAGAUGGACGGAUUUCAGAUAGAACUGUUGACGAGUUUAGAAGAUUGGCACGGCCUUUGGAGUGUCCUGCUGGAAUCCUGCCUGCCGAGCUCUUUGCAACGAGAAACGAAGUUGAAAGGGCUAAUAAGCGUCGAUUGGAUGCACUUCCGGGUGAAAAGGUUAGUUACCGAGCAAUAGAUUCAGGGUCGUUGCCGGAACCCCAAAAAUCAAGCUUGCUACUGAACUUUUUAGCUCCACAGGAGCUUGAAUUGAAGAAAGACGCCCAAGUGAUGUGUGUUAAAAACUUUGACGAGACUCUUGUCAACGGCUCUUUGGGCACCGUUGUUGAUUUCAUCGAUAAGGACACUUAUAUGAAGGCGUUCAAGGAAGGAGACCACCUCGAUGACGAGGGUAAAUUGAAAGAUUUUAUAUUUAAUGAUCCUGACUCGAGUAUUGGUUUGACUACAGGGUCCCUUACACAAAAAGUGGUGACCCACGACGGUAAACUGACAGACGAUAGGAAAACUGAAUUGAAUAAUGAUCUAUUGGGUGAUUUCAAAAAUAGAAAGUUUCCCUUGGUCAAGUUUUUAUCGCCUGACGGAGUGAAUAGCAGGACAGUGCUAGUUGAGCCAGAGCAAUGGAAUGUGGAGGAUGAAGACGGGCGAGCGCUUGUGUCUCGAGUGCAAUUUCCGCUAAUGUUGGCUUGGUCCUUGUCCAUACACAAAUCACAGGGCCAAACAUUGUCCCGUGUCAAAGUGGAUUUGAAGAGUGUUUUUGAAACUGGGCAAUCGUAUGUGGCAUUGUCGCGUGCAACCUCGCGAGAUGGACUCCAAGUUUUAAACUUUAAUGAGCACAAGGUGCGAUCGCAUCCAAAAGUGGUUGAUUUUUACAAGUCAUUGGUUGAUAUCAACAAGGCACAUUCGACUGGACAACAGAAACUCAACUUUAACCCGGAUUAG